CGGAUCCGGCGUUGACAGGUACGAUGGUGUGGCGAACAAGAGGACCAUGGCGACCUACCGCAGACGUGACGCCCGUUCGUGCCGUUUGUGGCGUUUAACAUGAUGCAGUGCUAUGUUUUUGUGAACGUAACGUCGCCCACGACAGCUACAAACACCACCACACGGAACGAGGCCGCAGAGAGAGCCCACGGGUGUAGCCUAGCUUAAAACUUAGCUAGCCGUGAGCGCUCGCCAUUGUUUGAGUUGGCUAACAUGGCAACCCCGGCUAAAGGAUAGCAGCGUCGGUUAAAGACGGUGAUCCUCACCUUGGUAUUAACGUUGCCAUCAUCUCACCACAUGAUGUGUGACUGUUCCAAAGUCAGGAAGCAGAUCCUGUCCCUCUCUCCCUCAGCUUGGGUGACACCCCCACUUUGGCUGUUUUCCUAAAGUCGUCGUCCCCCCCCUCCCAAAAAAAAAACCUAUUGAGAUGACUGACAGAAAGGAGCCGCCAUUCUUCAAUAACGACAGAGUGGGUGCUUUUCACUACAAGCUUCCACUCUAUGACGCAAUGGAGCUUUUUAUUGAGACCCUGACUGGGACGUGUUUCGAGCUGCGAGUGUUGCCCUUUGAGGCCAUAAUUUCAGUCAAGGCCAAGAUCCAAAGGCUUGAAGGCAUUCCAGUUACCCAGCAACACCUCAUCUGGAACAACCUGGAGCUGGAUGAUGAACAUUGUCUACAUGAUUAUGGCAUUGCAGAGGGCUGUACUUUGAAGCUAGUCUUAGCUAUGAGGGGAGGUCCAAUCAACACCAGGAGGGUAACCAUGGAAGACCCUGUCAAAGAGGUGGUUGAGCCGAUGGAGAGCACAAAGGAGGAGGGUUGGGAGAAAAGCUUGGCCAACAAACAGGUCACGUUUGUAGUCUACCGUGAAGGCGAUCAGCUCAACUUCUUCCGAGUGGUUGACAGGGGAGAUGGUUCCCUGACUCCUCUGUCUGAAUCUCUCAGUGGCAGCUCAGUGUACAACAUGUGCGCUGAGAAUGGUGAGCGUUGUGCAGCUGCAAAGCAGAGUCUUGAAAAUUCAAUCACCAUGAACAAAAUGAAGCUGCUUAAAGCGAAGAUGGAAGACAUGAACCUCAACAAGAAGCCGAAGAAGUCUGCUAAGGCAAAGCCACGGCCACCCGUCAAUCUCCAUCCCUGUGGCGGCCCCUCGGCACCUUCCAGCACACGUCACCAUCAACGCCUCUUACGCUCGCUCCCUCAGUUGAACCAGCCUCGCCAGUCCAAUGGCCAGCUACCUCCAAUAACGGACCAAGAGGUGCUAGAGCCCUUUCCGCCCCCCGCUGCUGUAGCUUCUUCCUACUUCUCUGUCCCUAGACGACCGCCUCCCUCUAUCCCCUCGCCUUCUUGCUUUAUGCUACAGGAGGAGGAGUCCUGGGAGACGUGCCCGCCGUUUGCAAAAAUUCGCCCCCCUCCUAAAGUAUCCCGUUUGGACAUUGGCGGCACAAGGUUGAUGAGGGAUUGCGUGUACCCUCAGCUCCCCCCGCUGUGCACCAGAAGUUCACCCGAAGCCACCUUUGACCCGGUGAAGCCGGUCGGAGAGGCACUUGGGAUGAGUUUAUUGGAAGAAGGGCUGGUGGCGCCAUCACCAAAUACUUUAUUUGGGGACCCUCUGAGUUUGGAGUUGUCUUCUCAGCCUGAGGAGGGUUGUCAAGCCUUUGAGGUUGGGGCUCCACACCAGCUGUCCCCUUCCCCACUUAGUACUUGGACACUCGGGAGCCGUGGUGACACUCUGACCAGCAGAGCAGAUAUAACGCAGCUCAGCACUUCCUUCCAUUUAACCCCCCCAUCAUCAUCACCUCCCUCCAGCUCCCCAAAACCCCGGUUUCAACCUUUUGACUCCAUGGUCCCCUGCUUGCAGCCCAGCCUUCAAGCACAAGUAAAGCCAGGCAGCUCAUCCCCUCACCACUCCAUGAUGGCGUCAAGUCAUGCAGCACGCUUUCAUGGCGUUAAAGUGGAGUCACCUGGCAAGAGGCCAGAGCUUUUAUCCAAGAGGGAAGCAAGAUGCAUCACUAAGAUGGCAAAUCAAGCUUGUCGAGACCAACUAGGGGACUCUGAGCUCCUCUCUGCAAGGCCUGUAGAUAGCAGCAGUGGAAGGAGAGGAAUGGGACUGCCACUGCCCCCUGCUACUCCCAUAGGACACGGAAUACUCGGCUCCAGGCUGCCAGGCCCCCCUCAGGAUGAUGCCGCACGACAAAUGUCAUCUUUGCACCGAGCAGCAGCCUCACACAUGACCAACAAAUGUCUGGCACCAGGUGGGGGAGUCCUGCCUCCAUUCGGGAGAAUAGGAACUCCGACAUACCACCUACCUCCAGUCAAGGCCCCCACGGGCACCAAGAAAAAGACUUCCAAGCACUGCUUCCAUUGUGGCAAGAAGACUGGCCUGGCCACCAGCUAUGAGUGCAGGUAUGACUCUUCAAAUCAAAUUCAUGGCCUGCGUUGCCCUCAAAGUACCCUUUUAGUGCCAGUUGUCUUUUUCCUCGUUCAUCACUUUGCCCUUCAGUUGUCUCAUCUCUCCCGUGAAAACACAAGCGUGUUACACCGCUUGUUCAGCCAUAAGCUACGAGCCAGGGUUCUCAGCACAACAUUAUCGUGCAUCAUUUCCGUCUCCCCGGCCGAGCUGGAGCGUACAUAUUCAAUCUGAUGCAACCAAGUGCAACUGUUAAGCUCUAACAUGGACUACUAAAUAGGGUGAAGCUUCCCUCUAACUGUUUUAGUCAGAUGGCUUUGAUGAAGUUAAGUCAUGCAGUUUGCUCGUGCAAGUUUUUAGAAUAGAAAGAUGAAGAGAGCUUUGAAAGCAUAGAACACUAAGCCUCAGUCAGCUACAGUUUGUACCAACACAUAUUUCUCAUGAAGAAUUACCCUACUGACCCGAAUAUAGGGGUGUUUUCUCCUUAGAAAACAGUCUGAAUAGGACAAGUUAUUUUAUGAUUCAUACAUGCAAACCAAUAGGUCUUCUCCCCAACAUCAAACAUCAAAUUUUAUGUGAAUAGAUAACGAUUUUGGAAAUAUGGGACAUUAUUUUAUCCGAAAAAAUGAAAUAGUUAGUUUUUGCAUGUUUGUUUGUUGCGAGGCGCGACCGGUCUCACUUCGUUCGACGGCCCUUGAACGCACCAUCUAAUUUUCUCCCACACUCCCCAUUUUUCUUUCAUCUCAAAUUUGGCCCACAUGCUGACACUUUGUGGGACUGCAUAAAGGUAAGAUUUGAUGUUAUUAAUUGCUGAUGUGCAUAUUUGUGAUGCACAACCUCUGAAAAACAAACUCCAGGCUCGUACUGGUGGAUGGUGGGUCUGUAUUUAUUUACUGCUUUUAAUUUGACGUUGUUCCGGUCAUAGUUUUACACAAUACAUAAUGAAUAAGAAAAAUUGCUAUAAUGUACGUAUGUUUUGCUGAAGUGUUGAAAAUCUUUCUCGGUGACUCGCUAGCGCUGCUACUAUUACCAUCCGUUCUUGUCUUAAGCUACGGAGCAUGUGUGACAAAGGCUGUCGGCAAGUUAGCAAACACAAGAGGAGGAGUUCUGAUGCUAAUUUGAAGAUAAUGGUGAUCAAUGAAGCAAAGUCAUCAAACAACUUGAAUUGAUAAAGUGGGGAAAACACAAAAUGUUCCAGGGUGCUUGACAGCCUCCAAUUUGUUAAGAAUUGUUCCCAUAUUAAUUAGAGCCUACUCCCUCUCGGCCAUUUGUACCAUGCUGGACUUGGGUGCGAUUCCUUCUCCAGGCCCCUGCUGGACAGCACUCACACUGUGCAUUCAAGCCACAUGCUGUUUAGUGCAAUUUCUCUGUCUUGGUGGACUAUUUCCAGUCUUAUUUAUCUUUAUUAGAAUUUUCAUUCUAUUGUGAACUGUCUGUUACCAUUAUUAACAUGCCUGGAGUGGUCGCAUUCUUGUCAUUCUGUGUGUGUGUGUGUGUGUGUGUGUGUGUGUGUGUGUGUGUGUGUGUGUGUGUGUGUGUGUGCGCGUAUUAAGUCAGAGACUACCGCAUGCCGUGCCUGGGCAGGAUUCAGUGCACUUGGACUAGCCAAACAUACCACGCCUUAGGUGUUAAGUGGGGCCAAGCACGGUUAGAUUGGCUGUCACCAAACUGUCACCAUCUUAAGACCUAUAGGCCAGAGGUUCGCAACCUUUAGCAUCAGUAGUUGAUCAGCAUCAUGGUCUCUCACCAAGUUAAAUCACCAGAAAACACUACCCCUAGCACUUCGGCAGACAAUUACACAGUACACGCUCAACUCCAACUCAGAACUUUUAAAGGCCCACGACGGCAUCAGAAGAGAUGGCAUAGUGAUUACACAGAAGGAUAAAAGAGCCGUGGGUUGCAGACCUCUGCUGUAGGCAAUGUUUAAGUAACAUUUUAACAGUCCUGUCAUAAAGGGAUAAAAAUAACCUUUGUUGCUGCUCUGAAACCUAGUAUGAGACGGGCUUAAUUUCAAUACACAACUGUAAAAAGAAGUAAACCACUGUCCUACCAGAAGAAGCUACUGCCUCUUACCAAGAUAUAUUGUAGUAGCUACAAAUAAAGGAAUGCUAUUUAUAGUUUUUUUUUUCUUUAGCAGAGAGACCAAAAUUAUCUCAUUGGAAUCUUUCAGGUGUGGUAGCAACUUCUGUGCCACUCACCGCUAUGCAGAGACGCACGACUGCUCGUAUGACUACAAGGGUGCGGGGAGACGAUUCCUGCAAGACACCAACCCUCUCAUCAGCGCUCCCAAGCUGCCUAAGAUCUAGAAACUUCCAGGGUCUC